GUUCCAUCCAGCAGCGGAGGCUUUCUACGGCUUCAGCUUCACAGUCUCUGCCGGUUGGGUCUUUGGAACUCUUCUCAGCGAUCUGCGAUCAUGGUAUCGCGUGCAGUCCAUGUAGCCCGAUUGUUCAGUCCUACCUAUGCUUCCAGGGUGAAUGCCCAAAUUGUCUACCCUGCAUCUCAUGCGGUUGUCAAGCCGAACGAGCUGUACUCGGCUCUCGCGAGACCCCUUAUGACGGCUACUUACGAGCCUGACCGACCUGUCACUUAUCUGGCCGCCACGCUCGCCUACGGUAUCAUUCAAGGGCAUCCAUUCUUUGACGGUAAUAAGCGGACAGCAUUCUUCCUGGCGAACGAGUUCAUGCGGAUAUGCGGUCUUCGUGGUCUGACUGCUCAAGAUGGCGAUACCCUCACACCCGAGGAGCUGAUACGAUUAGCAGACCGGCAUAUAAGUGUAGCACAAGGGAACUUAGGUGUCGACGGUUUGGAAUACAAGCUACCAGGAGAUGUCGGACCAUAGCUCCCGGUGCGCUGUCCCAGGUUGAUAACGGCUCGUUUUGUCGUAUACCAGUUUCCCCAAAUAUCGAUUAGAGGCAUCCUGCAUCGAGCACCAUAAU